AAACAAGAAGGUAGGGUGACACUUCCACACUUGGCCUUCCACACUCCCGGCACUCAGAUUUACCCUGUAGGCCUUGAAGACAGUGAAACUAAGGGAUAGCAAAAAGGAGUUGGGAUUCUCCUUACCGUCAUCCCCCAUCUCCAUCUGAGCUGUGGAGGAGGAAACAAGAAAGUCUUAAGGAAGCUCAGCCUACCCCCGCCACCGCCCCCCACCCCGCCUGCUCUGGAGUAAGGGGGGAGCAGUAGUCUUCUCCCUGUUCAACUCGGUCCCUCACCUCAAAUACCAACAAGGCAAAUCAUUUCCAUUUGUCUCCUCUUCUGCUGGAACUGAGGUCAUCUCAUUAAUGAUAGCACCAACUGAUGUUAAUAGGGCCCUUGCUGUGUGCCAAGUGCUGUGCUAAGCACUUUAGGUGCUCACAAAUCCCCUAUAAGGUAGGUAAAACCAUGAGAAAACAGGCACAAAGAGGUCCAGUAAUGUGCCCAAAGCCACAUUGCUAGUCUUUGGUGGAAGCAAACUUCUCUGGCUGACCCUAGAAGUGCCUCUUUACUGCUACUCUGUGUCCCUUCACUAAGGAAGGACCCAUAUCCCUAACCCUUCUACAAGGAGUGCUCUUUUGAAAUGGAACUGGCUACUGAAAUCCAUUUCUAACCCAUGGAAGAAUAGCUCUUUGGAGGGAGAUGAGGGGUUGUGGAAGUGUCUACAGGAGCUCUCCAAGCUUUUACUCCCAUACCCCCAGUCCCCAUACAAAUGCAGAUCUGUAAAUAUGCUUCCCAUUUUCCUCCCUACUACCCCAUUGGGACAAAUAGGCGAGAACCAUUCCCACUUCACAAAGGAGGAAAUAGGGUUAAGUAGUUAAAUAACCUGCCCAAGGCACUGGCCUUGAGCCCUAGUAUUCUCCCUGGGAAUCUGGGUGACAUACUAAAUGCCCUACCAGGACACUGCUGGGAAGGGCAGUAGCAGUGAGGGCCCUAAUAGCACAGAGCUCUGAGGAAGGACCUAGCAAGGUGGCACUGUCACACAGCCUAUCACACAAUCCAGGUGGGAAGCAGCUGAUGAUUAACAGUGGACGCCCAGAUAAAGCUGACAAACACUGGGAUGCUGCCUUCACUUGGGACUGAUCGCUAAAGGAUCCAGAAGGGGAAUCCCAGCCCUGGGGAGGCUGGUGCAGGGAUUCUGAGGGCCUGGUUGGCUUUGACAGGUUUCAGAGUGGGCCGGUGGCUAAUCAGGUGGCGUUGGGCGCAGAUACUGGGAAGACAAGGCCAUCUAAACGCCUUUUCAAAGCUGGGGCCUGAGAGUAAGUAGAGAGAGAAAACUACAACUCCCAGAAACCCCUGCUCCCCGCCCCGCCAAGGAUAGUUGCUAUGGUUUCAGAAAACAAUAUGGCUGCUCCCAGCUGGGAGGAGAGUCUCUGGAUGGGAGAGGCAGAGGCAGGUCUGGUCGCCCUCAGUGGCGAGAGAAGAGGCGCCUGAGGUUGGGGCUGGACGCUGCACGGCUGGAACGGCCUGGCCUUGCCGAGGGUGCCGAUGGCGGGCAGCGUGGACGAGGAGGCGCUGCACCAGCUCUACCUGUGGGUAGACAACAUCCCUCUGUCCCGACCCAAGCGAAAUCUCUCCAGGGACUUCAGUGACGGAGUCCUGGUUGCAGAAGUCAUCAAGUUUUACUUCCCCAAGAUGGUGGAGAUGCACAAUUAUGUCCCUGCCAACUCUCUCCAACAGAAGCUCAGCAAUUGGGGUCACCUAAACAGGAAGGUGCUGAACAAACUGAACUUCUCGGUACCGGAGGAUGUGAUGCGCAAGAUCGCGCAAUGCGCGCCGGGCGUGGUGGAGUUAGUGCUCAUUCCGCUGAGGCAGCGCCUGGAAGAGCGGCAGAGGCUCAGGAAGCAGCGCACCAGCUCCUUACAGGAGCUGGCUCCCCAGGAUGGCACUGGCUACAUGGAUGUGGGUUUGUCCCAGAAGGCCCGAGGGGAAGGUGCCCCAGACCCCCAGGGAGGGGGGCAGCUCAGGGGGGGCCGGCCGCCCGCGCCCCGGCCUCCGGGAUAUAGCCAGGCAGUGCAGGGCGACCCAAGCUUCGUCCUCCAGAUCGCUGAAAAAGAGCAGGAGCUGUUGGCCUCGCAGGAGACUGUGCAGGUCCUGCAGAUGAAGGUGAGGCGCUUGGAGCACUUGCUUCAGCUCAAGAACGUGCGCAUCGACGACCUCUCCCGGCGGCUCCAGCAGGCAGAGCGUAAGCAGCGGUGAGCGGCUGCCCGGGCCGCGCGGGGACGCCCCAGUACCCGCCAGAGCCCAGACACCGCGACCGAGGCACCCACCGACCUACUGACGGACGAUUGGGCGGGCAGAGCCAGCAGCUCCAAUGAGCCUCCUGGGGAGCCAGCGCGCCCUCCCUUGGGAUGAGGGCGAAUAUGGGGGCAGGGGCAGUGAGGCAGGCGCCUUCAGAGCAGAGCCCCUGGACUGAGCCACCUCCUUCCACUCCACCCGGGUCAGGAGAAUGGACCGCUUUCCAGAACCCAGAAGCCACGUGCAGAGACCUCGCAUGUUCCCCAAAGCAGUGCCCAACACCAGGGACUCCGCCUUGGUGCUCCCUGCCCUGGGCCUUGGGGGGCGGUGCCCCGGCUCGGUCCACACCCCUAGAAACAGGUCCCAGCCCAGCUCUGAGGACCGCGGCAUCUCCAUCCAGCCUAGUUCUCUGUGCUCUGGGCCGUGGGGAAAGCUGCCCCAGGCAGCUGAGGGUGACCCUUGCCUUUCCUGGGAGCUCAUCUGGGACCCAACUCGAGGAUGGAGAACACAGCAGCUGGAGAAGAAGGGGUGAGGAAUAGGUUCAGCCGGGAGUGGGGAAGACAUGGGCUGUGUCUGUCCCAAUCACCCUCCCCUCCUGUGGGGGGACCUUUGAGAAUGCUUGGGAGAUAUGGGAUCACACUGCCCCCAUUAAAGAAGUUGUGCUAUCUUUCCA